AUGGCGCCCACCGGGAAAUCACCCCUUAACCUCAUUUUGGGAGCAGGAAACAUCGGAGACUCGUCGGUCGACCCCAUGGCACGUUUCGAUAGCCCUGACGACGUGAAUGCCUUUCUCAACGCCUUUGCAUCCCGUGGUUACUAUCAACUCGACACUGCACGCAUGUACUCCCCUCAUGCGCCCCGCAGUUCCGAGCCUAGAAUCGCAGCUGUUGCUGGAGGAGACAGGUUUGUGGUUGACACCAAAGUCAAUUCACGAGAGCCAGGAAGUCAUUCGAAAGAAAACAUCUUGAAUGAAAUCGACAUGUCGCUCGAGACGUUGAAAGUCAAACAGAUCAACAUUGAGUAUCUGCACAUGCCAGAUCGUGCCACUCCAUUCCAAGAGACUUGCGAAGCCAUGGAUCAGGCUCAGCGGGAAGGCAAGAUCAAGCAGUGGGGUCUCUCCAAUUACACCGCCGAGGAAGUCCAAAGAUUUGUGGACAUCUGUGAAGAACACGGCCUUGUCAACCCCAGCGUCUACCAAGGCCAGUACAAUCUCAUUGUUAGAGGCGGAGAAAAGGACCUCUUCCCGAUCUUGCGCAAGUAUGGGCUCGCUUUCUAUGCGUACAGCCCUGCUGCGGCCGGUUUCUUCGCUGGCAACCACAAGAACAUCAAAGCGGGUGGACGAUACGAUCAAUCUCAUUUCAUCGGCCGCUUGUAUUCCCAGCUCUACUUGAAGCCGUCCAUCAUUGCUGCCACGGACAAGGCGCUCGCAGUCGCAUCUAAGCAUGGAAUUGGCGGCCACGCCGCUGCACUUCGAUGGGCGGCCCAUCACAGCGUUCUUGACAAAGCAUACGGUGACUCUAUCAUCAUUGGCGCCUCCAGCGUGGAGCAGCUGGAAUCGAAUAUGGACAUGAUUGACCAGGGACCGCUGCCUGAGGAUGUGGUAGCCGCUUUGGAAGCCGUGUAUAAGGAGAUUGGCGACCAGGUUUCGUACCAUAUGUAG